AAUGGCGUCGAAGUCAGCCAGUUUGAGGAAAGCUCAAGCGCCACUGUCUUGUCAUUUUUGUAAUGAGCAAGCAGUACACUGGAAAUGUGAAGAAUGUGAUGUAUUCAUGUGUACGUCGUGUAAGGGGAAAAUUCAUCAGCGACUUAAAUCUAUUCAGGAUCACGAAAUUGUCUCCGUGUCCGAUAUCUGGAAGGACAAUCCUCCUCGAAGGGAUGUUGCAUCGGAAGUAAUUUCUUCUGUUUUUAAUACAUACACAACAACCAUACCUGCUAUUAACUCUUUGUUGUGCUCUGGCGAUGAUGUCAUAUAUUAUAUUUAUUCAAGUAAACAAGAAAAAUCUCGAUUAGUUAAGGGAAAGAUGCUUAAAUCAUCAAUAAGGAUCUUACAAACAUUAGAAAAACGAAUAUUUGACAUAGCUGUAAAUAAAGAAGGUGAAAUUCUAUUCAAUGAGAUGGCUAAUAACGAAGUGAAAAUUCUUACUGAUACAGGCGAAAUAAAGACCGUUUUGGACACGUCUCCGUUGACACUACUGUCCCUGCAUGUUAAUAAAGAUAACGAAUUGAUAGCUGGACUUAGAGACCAAGGACCAUCUAUUCCAAUAACAGAUUUUUCUGUCCGACAAGUGAUAAUAUUGGACGGUGAAUACAAAAGAAAAGUAGUAUUGGAAACAGACAAAAAAGGACGAAAAUUGUUUAGCUAUCCCGCCCGUAUCAAAACAGAUUCCAAAAAUGUAUUGUAUAUAGCCGACAUUAUGGAUGAGAAUAAAGCCGGAAGAAUAGUCGCAGUAAACACUAACGGUCGUCUAAAGUUUACAUACAACGGUAGUACGGAUGGACAAUCAUUCUUUCCGCAUGGCAUCGCCAUUACACCGAGUGAUAAUAUUAUUAUCUCAGACUGGAAUAAAAACUCACUGCAUAUUUUGAACUCAAGAGGAGAACUUCUUGGACUACACUUUGUUGAUAAGGAAUAUAACAUUGAAUUUCCGAAUUCGUUGUGCAUAGACAACGAAGGGUAUCUAUUAAUUGGAAGUGGUUUGUUAAUAGACAGUGACGCAAGAAUUUAUGUGACCAAAAUAGCAGAGCGUUUCAUGUAA